AGAGAUCUUGCACCAUGUCGCUUUCAGCAGAAAAAGUUAAAAAGGCCAAGGAGCAUUUACUCAAGGCACUCAAAGAAGAGAAUUCAAAGACGGUAGAUGACUUGCUGGAGUAUCUGAAAGGCGUUACAGCAUCAACGGAGCUUUUGAAGGCGACCGGAAUAGGAGUUACCGUCAAUUCUAUACGAAAGAAUACCUCCACCACCGAAAACCAAAAGAAUGCUGCGAAAUUGCUAGUUUCAAAGUGGAAAGAUGACGUGGCAUCUAGCAACGGAACCCCCAAAAAAGCGACCAACGGAUCGACGAGGCCUGUAAUGAAAGUUGACACAUCGACUAACUCAAAUCCGUCAUCGCGGCGGUCAUCCGAGGCUGGGACACCCCACUCUGCGGAUAGGGCAGAGAGGACGAUCGAGGGGGAUAACCUUUCAUUCAAGUCAACGGGGGACAAAGUUCGAGAUAAGUGUAUCGGGUUGCUAUACUCUGCCCUCACACUAGAUGUAGAUAUUGAUGGUGAAGGAGUACUACCAAAAGCCAUAAAAAUCGAAGACGUAACAUAUAUCGAGAAUGGUGGCGCGACGGGCGCCUACAAAAGUCGCAUUCGCUCCCUUUGCUUCAAUUUGAAGGAUAAGAACAACCCAGAUCUUCGUGACCGCAUCCUGCAGGGUAAAAUAGCGGCUGAGCGCUUUGCCAAAAUGACAACUGAAGAGAUGGCCUCGGCGGACAGGAAGAAGGAAGUUGAGAAGGCAUUAAAGGAAUCGCUAGAGGAGGCAGUGUCGGCAACGGACAAUCAGUCGGAGACUGAUAUGUUCCAAUGCGGCAAAUGCAAGCAGAGGAAGACCAAAUACUAUCAAAUGCAGACACGUAGUGCUGACGAACCUAUGACCACGUUCGUGACCUGCGUGGUGUGUGGAAACAAGUGGAAAUUCUGUUGAGGGUCAAACACUGAGCAAUGUGAUCGUGUUGACGUAGUAGAAAAUGGCUUGCAUGGUGGACGUUGGUCGAUUUUCAUGGGGGGAAUGUACAUAUUUGUUGAACUAGCUUCAAGGUUGUCUAGAGACGCUGCUCUGAAUGGAUAGGGACCGUUGAAGAAAGAACCCAUGCUAUCGUCCCAGAGGCGGCAGCACGUAAUUGGUUAUGAUAUUGUCAAAAAAUCGCAAUCCUUCAACUGUGUCGUCUCUACAUAUCAAUCCUCUACUUUCGGUCAACUGAGAACAUGGUAGAACGUCAGUUAAAUCCCAUAAAACGACAAAAAUACGCAGUUACAGUCAGGCAUACGCACUAGUAAUUGCUCCACAGCCAGCACGACGGACACUUGUUCCAAAGGCGCCAAAUCGACGGCCUUCAAGCCAUCCUUUGCACCUUUUACGUGUGCGUGAAC